AUGGCAGCAUCUUCUGGAGUGAGCCGUGCGGUGCCAGAAUGGCCCGAAAGGCGUCAACUGUGGCUCGAGAACCUCAAAGGGGUCUAUGAAUCAGACCCAAACGAGUUUUAUCGACAAGUUGAUACCGGGUUCGAACAGGUCGAGACGAGCGUCAGCAUUGCGCGAGUGGAUGAUUAUUCCCGUUGGAUCUCAUUGAACUAUAACAAGUCCAGAUGUUCCACUGGUGUCAUCCACGCGUUUCCUUACACAAGUCUCACCGAGUGCUUGCAAGCUAUCGACAUGAUAAGGGCCAUCAAGGGCAAUGAGGGCUCAGACGUCAAAGACGAGUCAAGGGGGAGCAAGUCAGCUGGGUUCGAUUGUGCAGUGGACGAAUCCGUCCCCGUCUACAGUCCAACCAUGCCCCAGCGCGCGUUUGAAGACUACAAAGCCUGGGAUCUGGAGGCUUGUAGCCACUCACACUCGGCGUAUUCAAGCCUUGAUAGGCAGGCCGUGAAGUGUGUCAAAGCAAUGCCGACUGUCUACGCCUCCUUGACUUCUCUGGAACAGAGCAACACCCGUCGCACCCAAACGUCUAGCAGUACGAGAAACUCGAGAAUACCACCCAUGGAGAGCUACAUGCUCAUUUCAUACGGUGAAAAACACGCAGCACCUCUGUUUGAAGAGGACCCGAAUGUCUUCGAGUUGAGCGAGGACAAACGAUCAAGGUCCGAGAUCUCAACACCCGUUAGGGAAGAGGUGACGGAGGGCCUCCCCAUAGGACUCAAGCUUGAAGAUGUAUACACAGAUAGAUGCUUCAUGGAUCGCAAAAUAAAUCCAGGGUUGGAAAAGGUCUCUGAGUAG